AGAAAAGCAUUUUCCGGUGCUGGCAGUGACGUCAAGAUGUGUAUAGUCCAGCCAAGAUGGCUGACAGCAUCCCGCUAAACUCGAUGCGGAAGGGCUCGAAAAAAGUAGCUUAUUACAACACUCCAAGACAUUCUAGGUAUUCUUUAGAAGAUGAACCCUCUAACUUGGACGAGAUGCCCCUGAUGAUGUCUGAGGAAGGUUUUGAGAAUGAUGAGAGUGACUACCACACCCUGCCUCGGGCCAGGGCCAACCAGAGACAGAGAGGCCUGGGGUGGCUCCUCAUGGGAGGCUGGAAGAUCCUCUGUGGCAGCUGCUGUGACUGCUUGGCUCGUAUGUGUCGGAGGACGAAGGAGCUGAAAGCCCGGACAGUGUGGCUGGGCCACCCGGAGAAGUGUGAGGAGAAGUACCCCAAGAACGCCAUUAAAAACCAGAAGUACAACUUCUUCACCUUUGUGCCUGGGGUUCUCUACCAGCAGUUCAAGUUCUUCCUCAACCUGUACUUUCUAGUGGUGGCCUGCUCCCAGUUCGUGCCAUCCCUAAAAAUAGGGUACUUGUACACCUACUGGGCACCUCUGGGCUUUGUGAUGGCUGUUACAAUGGUACGUGAGGCCGUGGACGAGGUCCGGCGGUACCAGCGGGACAAGGAGAUGAACUCCCAGCUCUACAGCAAGCUCACAGUGCGAGGUAAAGUUCAAGUGAAGAGUUCUGACAUACAAGUUGGAGACCUCAUCAUAGUUGAAAAGAACCAAAGGAUCCCUGCAGAUAUGAUAUUUCUAAGGACAUCAGAGAAGACUGGUUCAUGUUUCAUCAGGACGGACCAAUUAGACGGAGAGACAGACUGGAAGUUGAAAGUUGCUGUUGUUUGCACACAAAGACUACCUGCUCUUGGGGACCUCUUUUCCAUCAAUGCUUAUGUCUAUGCCCAGAAGCCUCAGCUGGACAUCCACAGUUUUGAGGGAAACUUCACAAGGGAAGACGGUGAUCCACAAAUCCAUGAGAGUUUGAGCAUUGACCACACCCUUUGGGCCAGCACUAUUGUGGCAUCUGGCACGGUGAUAGGGGUGGUGAUCUACACAGGAAAAGAGACCAGGAGUGUACUGAACACGUCCUCGCCCAAGAAUAAGGUGGGUCUGCUGGACCUGGAGCUGAACCGCCUUACCAAGGCUCUGUUCCUGGCUCAGGUUGUCCUGUCUAUUGUCAUGGUAGCGCUGCAGGGCUUUGUGGGCCCCUGGUUUCGCAACCUGUUCCGCUUCAUCGUGCUAUUCUCCUACAUCAUCCCCAUCAGCUUGCGUGUCAAUCUGGACAUGGGGAAGUCGGCCUACGGUUGGAUGAUCAUGAAAGAUGAAAACAUCCCUGGUACUGUGGUACGGACCAGUACCAUUCCCGAGGAGCUGGGUCGCCUGGUGUACCUACUGACUGACAAAACAGGCACUCUGACACAGAACGAGAUGAUCUUCAAGCGGCUGCACCUGGGGACAGUGUCCUAUGGGACGGACACCAUGGACGAGAUCCAGAGCCAUAUAGGGCAGUCAUACGCACAGCCGAGCUCCCAGACCCAGCAGUCCAACAGCAGCAACAGCUCCUCCCCAUCCAGGAAGCCCCAGCCAGCCCAGGCCCCCAAGGCGGCGGCCCCCAAGGUCCGCAGGAGCGUCAGCAGCCGUAUCCACGAGGCAGUGAAGGCCAUCGCGCUGUGCCACAACGUCACGCCCGUCUACGAGUCCCGCGCCAACGGGGAGACGGAGUCCACUGCCGCCGAGGCCGACCAGGACUUCAGCGACGACAACCGCACCUAUCAGGCCUCCAGCCCUGACGAGGUUGCGCUGGUGCGGUGGACGGAGAGCGUAGGGCUGACUCUGGUGAACAGGGACCUGACCUCCCUGCAGCUGAAGACCCCAGCAGGACAGGUCCUAACCUACUACAUCCUGCAGAUCUUCCCCUUCACCUCAGAGAGCAAGAGGAUGGGCAUCAUCAUCAGGGAGGAGACCACAGGUGACAUCACGUUUUAUAUGAAGGGUGCUGAUGUUGCCAUGGCGAGUAUCGUGCAGUACAAUGAUUGGCUGGAGGAGGAGUGUGGGAACAUGGCCAGGGAAGGGCUUCGGACCCUGGUGGUGGCUAAGAAAUCUCUGUCUGAAGAGCAGUAUACAGACUUUGAGAACCGUUACAACCAGGCCAAGCUGAGUAUCCAUGACCGGGCUCUGAAGGUGUCAGCAGUGGUAGAGAGUCUGGAGAGGGAGAUGGAGCUUCUGUGUUUGACUGGGGUUGAGGACCAACUACAGGCUGACGUCAGGCCAACCCUGGAGCUCCUCAGAAACGCUGGGAUCAAGAUAUGGAUGCUUACCGGGGAUAAGCUGGAGACCGCUACUUGUAUCGCUAAAAGCUCCCAUUUGGUGUCCAGAAGCCAAGAUAUUCAUGUAUUCAGAUCGGUCUCCAACAGAGGAGAGGCCCAUCUGGAGCUCAAUGCCUUCAGAAGGAAACACGACUGUGCUCUGGUCAUCUCUGGAGACUCCUUGGAGGUGUGUCUGCGGUACUAUGAGCAUGAGUUUGUGGAGCUGGCGUGUCAGUGUCCAGCAGUAGUCUGCUGUCGCUGCUCCCCCACUCAGAAAGCCCAGAUUGUCCACCUUCUCAAGCAGCACACAGCCAACAGAACCUGUGCCAUAGGUGAUGGAGGUAAUGAUGUCAGUAUGAUACAGGCAGCAGACUGUGGCAUCGGCAUUGAAGGAAAGGAGGGGAAGCAGGCAUCCCUGGCGGCAGAUUUCUCCAUCACUCAGUUUAAGCACAUUGGCCGGCUGCUCAUGGUCCACGGCAGGAACAGCUACAAGCGUUCAGCAGCCCUGGGCCAGUUUGUCAUGCACCGAGGCAUGAUCAUAUCAACCAUGCAGGCAGUGUUUUCCUCCAUUUUCUACUUUGCAUCAGUCCCUUUGUACCAGGGUUUUCUCAUGGUUGGGUAUUCUACCAUCUACACAAUGUUCCCUGUAUUUUCCCUGGUGCUGGACCAGGACGUGAAGCCAGAGAUGGCUCUGCUAUACCCUGAGCUUUACAAAGACCUCACCAAGGGUCGUUCCUUGUCUUUCAAGACUUUUCUCAUUUGGGUGUUGAUCAGUAUUUACCAAGGUGGCAUCCUGAUGUACGGCGCACUGGUGAUGUUUGAGUCUGAGUUUGUGCACGUGGUGGCCAUCUCCUUCACUGCGCUGAUCCUCACCGAGCUGCUCAUGGUGGCGCUCAACAUCCGUACCUGGCACUGGCUCAUGGUGCUAGCAGAGUUCCUCAGUCUGGGCUGCUACAUAGCCUCGCUUGCCUUCCUCAAUGAGUACUUCGACCUGGGCUUCAUCACGACACCAGCCUUCCUUUGGAAGGUGUCAGUGAUCACCGUCGUCAGCUGUCUCCCUCUCUAUAUCAUCAAAUACCUGAAGCGCAAGUUCUCACCACCCAGCUACUCCAAGCUGUCCUCAUGAGCCAUUUUAAGCUCUAUUCUGCUCACACAACUCCCCUAAUUAUCUUUCUCAUGCUCUCUAUGAUUCCAACCUUUCUUUUCAGCGCUUUUUGAACUGGUCCACAGUGAUUGACAGACAGGGAACCUAAAGAGGUCACUAGAAGCAACAACAUGAGUAUUGUAUGGAUUCAUGUCACUGGAAUGUGGUAAUACUUGUAAAGACAGCGCCACACAAAUGCUAAAAAGGGACAGGGAAGGGGUAAAAACAGAACAAAUAACCCUUUGAGGCACUGGACGGGAAGGCUCGGGUCAAUUUGCCUUCUGCACUUCCAACCCAAUUGCUUCAAGUGUCUUUUUAAAAUUUUUAUAACUCUAUGAUUAUGGUUUCCGCGUUGAACUUUUUGUAUAUGUAGUUCUGCAUUAAAAAGUGUUUUAUUCAACUUUA